CAUCCGCCAAGUAAAUUCCAAAGCACCCAUUUCUCUCUAUUCAACGGUUCGCUUCCAAGAUCUUCCGUCUCUCAAUGGUUCAACCGUCGUCAACAUCGCCGCCGGACCCGCAACAAACUCAACAAUUCCUCUCCUCCGUCCUCUCCCAACGCGGCCCUGCCUCCCUCCCUUACACCGAAGAUACCAAAUGGCUAAUCCGGCAGCACCUUCUUUCCCUCACCUUCCACUACCCUUCUCUACAACCCAAAACCGCAACUUUCACCCACAACGACGGCCUCUCCGUCAAUCUCCUCCAAACCGACGGCACCAUCCCAAUGCCUUUCCAAGGCGUCACUUACAACAUCCCCGUCGUAAUCUGGCUGAUCGAAUCUUACCCUCGUUACCCUCCCGGCGUCUACGUGAAUCCCACGCGCGAUAUGAUCAUCAAACGCCCCCAUCCUCACGUUUCCCCCUCUGGGUUAGUCUCGAUCCCUUAUUUGCAGAAUUGGGUUUACCCAAGUUCUAAUCUUGUCGAUUUGAUAUCUAAUCUAAGCUCUGCUUUUUCUCUUGAUCCACCACUUUAUUCCCAACGUCGUUCCAAUCCUAACUCUAACCCUAACCCGCCUAGUUAUGAACAUCAGCAGUCGGGGUAUCCACCUUCGCCUUAUGGGAGGGUACAGCCACCACAUACGGAGGAUGCCACGGUGGUUCAUAAGAUGAACGCGGUGAAUAAAUUGGUGGAGAUGGUUAACGGUGAUAUAAUUAAGAUGAGAAAAGAAAGGGAAACCGGAAUGGAAGGGUUGUUUUCGGAUCAGGCAGUGUUGAGAAGACGAGAGGAAGAAAUUAACAAAGGGUUGAAAGAAAUGCAAGAUGAAAAAGAAGCUUUAGAACUGCAAUUGCAAGUUGUUUUGAUGAGCAGCGAUGUGUUGGAUCGUUGGAUUAGGGAUAACGAAGGGAAAACCAAGAACAUAGGGAAGAACAUCGACUAUGUCGAUCUCGACAAGGUGUUUUAUUGCGCCGACGAGCUUUCCGAGCAAAUGUUGGACUGCACUGCAGCUGACUUAGCCAUUGAGGAUGCCUUUUAUUCGUUGGAUAAGGCAGUGCAAGAAGGGGCGGUGCCGUUUGAUCAAUAUUUGAGGAAUGUGAGGUUGUUGUCAAGGGAGCAGUUCUUUCAUAGGGCUACUGCUGCUAAAGUUAGGGCAGCUCAAAUGCAGGCUCAGGUUGCUAGUAUGGCUGCUCAAUCCCCGCAUUCACAUUAUGGUGCCCCAUGACCGGUUAUUUUUUUGUUCUUGUGAUUUGUCUAUAAAUUGAUCAUGUUUUGUGAUAUAUCUGUAUUUUGUUUUGCAUAAUUGAAUUUAUGGUUCCUUUAUCCUAUUAAUGUGGGACAAAAAGUUAAUAUUUUGAUGUGCAUAA